GUAUACCCGUUGUCCUCUUGUCGUCGCAAGCUCCCCCCCCGGCCUCCGCCCCGCCGGCCAAACCAAUUCUGAAAUCUGAAAACAAAGCUUUUCCGCUGCCGACCGAGCACUCCGUUCCAUGGCGUCGCCUUCCUCGUGGGACUAGCAAGCCUCGCCUCGCUGGAGACCAUCAAGAAGCAAGUGGCAAUCAUGUAUUUGUGGCCGAAGGCGCUAGAAGUACCUAUAAUGGACCCCUCAAAAGCAUCAAAAAAGCCUGUUGGAAUUCUACUUGUGAAGGUCGUAAGAGCCCAAAAUUUGCGAAAGAAGGAUCUGCUGGGUAAAUCAGACCCAUAUGUGAAACUUAAAAUGUCAGAUGAUAAACUUCCAUCCAAGAAGACUACUGUAAAGCGCAGCAAUCUCAAUCCAGAGUGGGAUGAAGAAUUUAAGUUUGUUGUGACUGAUCCAGAAAGCCAGUCUCUUGAAGUUAAUGUCUUCGACUGGGAACAGGUUGGGAAACAUGAAAAGAUGGGAAUGAACAUGGUCCCACUGAAAGACCUCCCGCCAGAGGAGACUAAAUUUACUACCCUUAACUUGCUCAAGACCAUGGAUCCAAAUGAUGUACAAAAUGAGAAGUCUCGUGGCCAGCUUACUCUAGAGGUCACAUACAAGCCUUUCAAGGAAGCAGAUGUGGAGACAGAAGAUACAGAGGGUACCAAUGUGAUAGAAAAAGCUCCAGAUGGUACUCCAGCCGGUGGUGGAUUGCUUUAUGUUAUUGUUCAUGAAGCCAAAGAUCUUGAGGGGAAGCACCAUACAAACCCCUAUGCAAAAAUAAUUUUCAAAGGCGAAGAGAAGAAAACGAGGGUCAUCAAGAAGAAUAGGGAUCCACGAUGGGAGGAUGGAUUCGAGUUUGUGUGUGAGGAGCCUCCUGUAAAUGAUAAACUACAUGUUGAAGUCCUAAGUAAAGCCCCGAAGAAAGGGCUGAUAUAUGGCAAGGAAACUUUGGGCUACAUUGAUGUCAACCUUGCAGACGUGAUCAGUAACAAGAGAAUUAAUGAGAAGUACCAUCUCAUAGACUCAAAAAAUGGUCAGAUCCAAAUUGAGUUGCAGUGGAGAACUUCCUAGACAGAAAGAACACGAAUACCUGAAUGUGGUAUACAUAUGAAUAUUCUUGUGCUGAGUUUGCGGAUACCUGUAAUUGAGCUCAUGUAGAUAUUCCCUUUGUUUCAAGACAUCUGCUGAGUUUUUCAGCUUUUAAUUGCUCAGAUUUACUAG